AUGGAGAAUCCAUUUAAGAUUCCAAAAAAUGAUGUUGAUAUGAAUAAUAAUAAUAAUAAUAAUAAUAAAAAUAAUAAUAUUUCAAAAAAUAUACAUAAUAGUAUACAUAAUAAUAUACAUAAUAAUUAUUAUUAUAUAAGUAAUAAUAGUAAUAUAGAUAAUAUUAAUAAUAACCCUAAUAGUAGCAUUAGUAAUAAUAACAAUAUAUUAUUAAAAAGUAGCACAAUAAAUAAUAAGUUAUUAUAUAAUACACAUCGUGAGAAUAUCAACAUAUUAAAUAAUAAGAGUAAGAGUAAUAGUAAUAAUAAUAGUAGUAGUAGUAGUAGUAGUAGUAGUAGUAAUAUUAGUUUACUUAUGAACCCAUUAGGAAAUAAUAAUAAAAUAAUAAAAAAUCACGAAUUUAAUAACGAGUAUUUAAAUAAUAAGAAAAGCCCCAUUGAAGAAGAUAAGAAUUUUAAUCUUGUAUAUAUAAAUAAUAAUUUAUUGUUUAAUGAAAAUAAUAAUAAUAUUAAUACAUAUACAAGAACCUUAAGUUUUAAAAGUUGUAAUAAUGAAAAUAUCCAUGAUUAUAAGAACGAUAAAUAUUAUGCUAGUCAUAUUAAGCUUUUAGAAAACCUUGAAAUUGAUCAAUUUGUUGGUGAUCAUAAUUCUAACGUGUUCAUUUCUAAUAAAGAGAUCAAAUCUGGUUUAAAAGCAAAUAUAAGAAAUAAUAAUUGUAUGAAUAAUAUCGAAAAUAAUAAUAUAAAUAAAAAUAAUAGUACUACUAAUAAUUUUAUUAGUAAUAAUAUUGGUAAAUAUCUAACUUGUGGUUUGAAUGAUCAUAAGAUAAUUAAUAUAAACAAUAACAGCAACAAUAAUAAUAAUAAUAAUAUUAAUAGAAAGAAUAUUUUCUUAUCCAAUAAAAUAAACCCUUUUAGUAACGCUCAAGGGGUACACUCUAUAAAAAAUCUUAUAGGCGAAAAGCUCAUAAACAACAACAACAACAACAACAAUAAUAAUAAUAAUAAUAAUAAUAAUAAUAGUAAUAGUAAUAAUAUACCUAUGAACGAUAGUAAAAAUAAUAAAAACGUCAUAUUAGAUAAUUUUAUGGAAAUUAGAAAUAAGAUAUAUAAUAUUAAGAGAGAAAAAACAGAUUACGAAAAAGAAGAAAAAUAUCUUCUUCAUUUAAAAGAUUUAGACAAAUAUAAAAAUAUAUCCAGCACUAAUAAUAUCAGACCCAAUCAAAAUAUGACACACAAUAAUAUGAACCACUACGAUCAUAUAUAUGGUUUUUCUGAAAAAAAUAAAAAAAAAGAACAAGAACUAUUAAUGAAGAGAAAAGAAGAUAUACAUAAUAAUAAUAUAAAUAAUAUAAACAAUAUAAACAAUAUAAACAAUAUAAAUAAUAUAAAUAAUAAAAUAACAUUCGUAAAUAUAUUUGAUGAAAAAAAAAAUUCAGAAAUAAUUUUUGAAAAAAGAAAAGGAUUAGAUCAAGAAGACAAAUAUUUCAAUUAUUUAGAAAGAAAAGCAAGUCAUAUGAGCAUUGAUUAUAAUAAUAAUAUGAACUUUAAUAAUAACACAAUGAAUAAUAAUAUAAACAAUAAUAAUAAUUUAAAUUACAACAAUCUGAAGGGUCAUUAUUUAAAUACAUUAGCUAUUAAUAACAAUAAUAAUAGAACAAAUAACGAAACAAAUAUAAUAAACGCCGGUGUAAAAAAAUAUUUUCUUGUAAAUGACCGAAACAGUCUUAUGAUAAACGAAGCAAAAAAUAAAUAUCUAGCGCAUCGACCUCUUGAAGAUCUUAUGGAUAGAAAAAUGAAAAAAUAUGAACAAGAACAAUAUGAAAAAAUAUCCUCUUAUAAAGAAUAUAAAGACGAAUCAAAUAGAAACAUGAAUAUAUACCAAAGCAAUAGUAUUAAUAAUAAUUUCAACCCCAAUGGACCUAAUAAUAAUGUGAACUCAACAAAAUAUUUAUAUAGACAAGAUAUUAAAGGAAUUAAAGAAGAUGAUAUAUAUGAAGAACAUAAUAAACAGGAGGUAUCAUAUAACUCCACAGAUCAUCAUUCCAAAAAUAAUUUAAUAACAAAUGUGAUAUACCAAAAGGACAACAAUAAUAUGAAUGGUCUGAAUAAUAUAAAUGGUGUGAAUAAUAUAAAUGGUGUAAAUAAUAUAAAUGGUGUAAAUAAUAUAAAUGGUGUAAAUAAUAUAAAUGGUGUAAAUAAUAUAAAUGGUGUAAAUAAUAUAAAUAGUGUGAAUAAUAUAAAUAGUGUGAAUAAUAUAAAUAGUGUGAAUCAUAUAAAUAGUAUAAAUCAUAUAAAUAGUAUAAAUCAUAUAAAUAGUAUAAAUCAUAUAAAUAGUUUGAAUAAUUUCAGUGCUUAUUAUAAAACCUAUAUACAUAAUGACAUUUUUGGAGACCCAAACAAUGGAUUAAGGAACAACCCUCAUGUCAGAAAAGAACAUAUCGAGGAUAAAGAUAAUAAUCAUAAAUACAUAAAGAAAUGUAUGAGAAUUACAAGUGAUGAAAAGAAUAUGGAAGACUAUAAAAAUAACAAAGAUAUGAAUAAAGACUCCUUAUUUAAAAUGAACCAAAAAAAUGUAUGUGUUGAAUGUAAUGAUAACUUGAUUAAAGGAAAUAAUAGUAACAAUAGUUCUAUAUUUACCAGAGAACAUGUACAUGUACAAGUACAUGCAAAUGGACAUUCACAUAUUCCUGUAAAUAUUUUGAAUGAAAAAAAAAAUAAAGAUAAUAUUAUAAUAUUAAAUAAAAAAAUGAAAAAUAGUAAUAGCAUUAUAGAUAUAAUGGAUAAUGAUAAAAAUAAUGAAUGCAAAAAAAAUAUUUAUGUUGAUGUACAUAAUGUAAAUAUUUCGGAUAGUGAAAAGAAAAAGAGAGAUUCUGCUGAAGUUCCAUCGAAUAAUGUAGAUGAUAUAAAUAACAAUAAUAGUUCUUCUUAUUAUAAAGAAAAUUGUUUUAAUAAUGAAAAUGUUAUAUAUGAUGAAGAAAAAAACAUUUUUAGAACCAAAGAAAAUACAAAUAUUAAAAUAUAUAGAAGGAGCUUAGAAAAAGAAAGGAUGUUAAAUUUCCCUUUAAUUCAUUUAGGAGAAAAUGAUGUUAUAGUUAAAAGAAUUAAAUUGUAUUAUCCUUUAAGAAAUAAAAAUGUCUUUACUAACAUUUCCAAAAUUAUUUUUAUGACAAAUACGAAUAUAUGUUCUUUAUAUAUAAGCGACUCUUUAUUAAUACAUUAUGAUAAUAUCAAAAUAAGUUCUUACUUAUCAAAAGGUGGUUUUGGUGUCGUGUAUAAGGGAAGCUUGAUAAGGAAGGUUAAGAGAAAUGAUAUGUUGUCGACUGAGGAUAUGGGAACGGACGAGAGGGGUGAUUCAAAGUGUAAGAGGAAGGAUAAAAUUAAGGAAGAAAAUGAAGAUGAUGAAGAUGAAGAGGAUGAAGAGGAUGAUGAUGAAGAUGAUGAUGAAGAUGACGAUGAUGAUGAUGAUGAAGAUGACGAUGAUGAUGAUGAUGACGAUGACGAUGACGACGAUGAUGACCAUAAUAAUGAUAACCCAUUUAACUUAUCCAUUGAUAGUCCAAAUAAAAAGUGUGGAAAAAAUAAAAUAAAAAAUGAGUAUGACGAUGAUUAUAUUAAAAACCUGUGUGAAGGGAAGUACAUAAGGGAUGCUGGAGAUGACAUAGAAUUUUUCAGCAUAAACAAUAAUAAGAAUGACAUGAAUGGUAACAUGAAUAAUAACAUGAACAAUAAUAUUAAUAGUAACUUAAACAAUAAUAUUAAUAGUAACUUAAACAAUAAUGUUAAUAGUAACUUAAACAAUAAUGUUAAUAGUAACAUGAACAAUCCUUUUUAUAGAAACCGUAGUAGUGUUUAUUUUGACGAGUUUGAUAAGAACGGAGAAAAGAAUGGUAAAGAAAAUGAUUUAAAAGAUGAAAACAAUUGUAGUAUAAAGAAGAAAAAAAAGUGCUACAAUAAUGAUACAUCAAAAUGUACAAAGAGCAAUAAGAAAUUAUGUUAUUUAAGAAAUCAGUUGAUAGAAAAGUUUUUUGAUUCAUUGAAUUAUAAAAUAGAUCAGAAUGAAGAUUGUGUUGAUAAAUUAGAUGAUAAAGAAAAAUAUAAUUUUAAUUUAUUUACAAAUGGUGAUAAUUGUAUGUAUGAUCAUAUGUUAAGGGUAGGAAAAAAGGAUAUGGGUAUAUCGAAUGAUAAUAAUAAGGGUAUAGGUAUAGUAUCGAAUAAUAUAUUAACAAGUAAUAUGUGUCAUUUUGCUAAUAAUAAUAUAAACACUAACAAUAAUAAUAUUAACAAUAUUAACAAUAUUAACAAUAAUAAUAAUAAUAAUAUAAAUAUUAGUAACAAUAUUAACUUUGCGGGAGAGAAUAACAUACUCAACAAUUUAGUGCACUUAAACAAAUUAAGCGAGCUAAACAGAAAAAGUCUAGGAAUCCAAACAAACGAUCCUAACACUUUAGAUAAGGAACAUUGUUAUUACAAAGAUGAAAAGAAAAGUAAUAACCUUGUAGAGACAUCAAGUUAUAUUCAGACAUCGAAGAAUAACCAACAAUAUAUGAUAAAUCAACAGAAUAAUAUAAAUGAUGAUUAUUGUAACGAGAAUAAAGAGAAAAUAAAUAAUUGUUGUUGUGGUAACUUAAAAGAACAAUGUUGUAAUGAAAAUAAUCAAUGUUGUUCAUCACAAUUUAAUGAAAUAAGACGAUUAAAAAAGAAAAUGCUAAAAUAUAUUUAUUCAGAUAAAAAGAGUGAUAAAAUAAUUAUUGAUAAGAAUGAAUUUUUUAAUGAAUUAGAUAAAAUAAUACAUAAGAUGAAGAGUAUAAAUAAAGAUUUAGAAAAAAAACAUCAUGAAGAAAUUAUGUCAUAUUUAUUAUUAGAUGUAUAUCAUAAUAAUAUUGUAUAUAAAAAUAAUUAUGGAUUUUUAUAUGUAAAUAGUAAAAAUAUAAUAACAUAUGGUUUAACUAAAGAUAGUUUAUAUAUAUUUGAUAAUAAGAAUAUAUUUCAUUAUUAUAGUGAUAAAUGUAUAUUUAAAAUUAUAUUUAUAGAUGAACAUAAGGAAUUAUUAAAAUUUAAAAAUUUCACUGUAUUUAAUGUAUUAAAUAAUGAAAAAAUUGUAAAUAAUUCAUCUAUUUUAAAAAACGAAAUAGAUAAACAUAAAAAUGGAUUAAACAAACUAGCUAUUAUUCCUUUUAGCAAAAUGAGUAUAAAUAAUUUAUUGCAUGCACUUAUAUUUGGAUUUCUAAAAUUCCUUUUUAAUUUAAGAAAAAAGUAUCACAAACAACCAAAUGGAAAUUGUGCAUGUAAUAUGGAAGAUCAUAAUAUAAUAAAUAAUAUAGUAAUUGAAAAUAAUAUAAUAUAUAAUAAGAAGGAUCCAAGUUGUAUGGUAUCAUCUAAUAUCAAGGCUUCUUCUAAUGAGUCUCUUAACAACAAUUUGGUAUCUCCUUGUACUGUAGAAAAAAAUGGUGAUCAUAAUAUAAAUAAUAAUAUAUAUAAUAAUAAAGGCAACCACCAGAUAAAUUACAAUUUAAUUAUUAGCGAUAGUAAUAUACAAAAUGUUUCUAGUAAUAUGGACCAUUAUAUAAUGUGUAAUUGUGAAGUUGCUGAUACGGAUGACAAAAAGAAAGGAUUUCAAACUAAUAUAAAUUGUAUUAAUGAAAAGGACAACAUCGAUAAAUAUAACAACAAUAAUGAAGAUAAUAAUAAUAACAACAACAAUAGUAAUAAUAUUGUUAAUAAUAAUAAUAUUAUUAAUUGUGCUCCGCAGGGACAAAACAAAAGUAGUAAUAAUCAAGAUGAUAAUAAUAAUAAUAAUAAUAAUCUUAAUCGUCGUAAUAUAAACCAUGAUAAUUUUCUCAAUAAUCAUAUACAUGGAGCAGAUGAUCAUCAUUCUAUGAUUCCAAAAAAUGUAGUGGAAAAAAUAGAUAACAAAGGAAAAAUUAAUUCAAGUAAUUGUCUUAUUAGUAGUACCCUUAUAAACACAAAUAACUCAGACGAAUCCAAAACAACCAUGCUUUUAAACCUCUCAAAGAAUAAUAAAAAUAUUUCAAAAGAAUAUAUUAUUAACGAAAAGGAAUAUACAUACUCUCCAAAAAUUAACGACAAAGAAGAACAACAACCCCAUAUACUAUCUCCAGAGUGUAGUGCAAAAACAGAGCUCAAAGGGAAAAUGAAAAAUAAAGAAAAUAAUAAUAAAGCGGAUAAGAAAAAAAAGAAGAAAAAACAAAAAGAAGAUGAAAAAAAUAAAACUAAAGGUAAAAAAAUGGAAGAGCACAUGAACAAAAAUAACAAAAAAAAUAAAAAUCACAUUAAUCAUGAUGGUGAUGAUGAUGAUGAUGAUAAUAAUGAUGAUAAUAAUAAUAUUCGUGAUGUUGCUUGUGAUGAUGGGGAUAGUCACAAAUGUAUCAAGAAUAAUAUUAAAAAAAGCAUAAAAAAACAAGAAACUAAAGAAAACAAGAAUAAUAACAAGUUCGAUGAUAACCAUAGUACUACUCAUCAUGAUAGUGAAGAAAUAAUUUAUAUGAAAACCCCAGUUGCUAUAAAAAUACAUGAUUUAAAAGAUAGUAAAAAUCUAAAAAAUUUCUUAAGAGAAAUAGAAAUAUAUAAAAAUAUCCAACGUCCAAAUAUAUGUACCUUUUAUGGUAUAUGUAUAAAAUCAAAUAAGUUAAUGUUAUUAUUAGAAUAUUAUGCAAAAGGAAAUUUAUUUAAUUUUUUAAAAAAUAAAAAUAAAAUACAUAAAAAACAAAGAUUAGAAUGGGCCAUACAAAUAUCAUGUAUUGUACAUGAGUUACAUGCACACAAUCCACCUAUAAUAAAUGGAGAUAUAAAAACAUCAAACAUAUUGAUAGAUGAUGAUAUGAACCUAGUCAUGUGUGAUUUUGGUAAAGCAAGAUUUAAAAAUACAAAACUAUAUAGUAAUUUUGGAUCCUACAGAUAUAUGGCACCUGAAACUUUUAGUUGUACAACUGAAGUUACUGAAAAAAUCGAUAUAUGGAGCGCAGCAUGUUGUAUUGUGGAAAUAUUUUCAAGUAAAUAUCCUUAUUAUAAUUUAACAAAAAAUGUUAAAAUCAGACAUGAAUUGUUGGUUAAUAAAAAAACACCUCAUAUACCAAACUUCUUACCAAACUCAAUAAAAAAAUGUUUGCAAAAGUGUUUCAGUUUUCAGCCAGAGGAUAGGCCAACAGCAUAUGAAAUGUAUAAGUCCCUCAAAAAAAUAAAGGUCGUAGAGUGA